AUUUUGUAAAAUGGAAAAAGAGUAUUCACAAGAGUACGAAGAAAGUGAUAACAACAGAGACCCUCAGUUGAUGCCUUCCGCACAAGAGAACAUUAACCCUUACAUGUUUGAAGAGAGGCAUAGGAUGAUGCCUGAGUAUCCAGAUAUGCGAUCAAUGCAGUCCCAGGCACAUAGUCUUAGAAUGAUGAACCCCUACCAGCAUCAAAUGGUUGUCCCUCUGAAUGAUCUGUCAUCAAUGCUGGAUGAAAAUAAAUAAAAUGCUUCUCUCUGCUACAAGACAUUCUAAUAGCGGUGAUGUAGAAGAGACUAUCAAAGAGCUUAAAGGAAUUCACCAUAACUUAAUAAUCUUAGCAAAUGCAGCAGACUUACAACCAAAUUCCCGCUUUGUACUUAAAGAGCAACGUGAAUAUGUCUCCCAAAAAGAUUUAGCUUACUUCAACCUAAAAUUUCCGGUCCAAGAAACAAUUUACGGUCAGAAUGACUCUGAAAAGAAGAAGGAUUCCAAGAAGAAGAAACCUAGACAGAUCAAGCGUCCUUGGACAGAAGAGGAGCAAACUAAAUUUCUCGAAGGUCUUGAAAAAUUCAAAAAUAAUAUAAAAUAAAAUCUCUGACCAUAUCGGAACUAGGACAAUUUCCCAAGUCCGAUCUCAUCUCCAAAAGCACAAAUUAAAGCUCGAAAAGCAUAAGAAGAGAACUCAGGAAAGCCAAAAGAAGGAUCCUUCCACCACUAAUCACCCAACCAGAGGAGGUGAGUAAGGACCAAGUUACAGAGUCAGCUCCAAACUUGACCAAAAUCUAAUGAACGUUAAUUUCUAUAUAAUUACUUUGGCCUGCUAAAUCUGGACAUACCUCUAUAUAGCCUAGCAAGAAAGUGAUAGGUACC